AUAAACCAGACUGGUCCCGAGCCUUCGUGUUAUUAUUUUUUCCCGCUUACACCGUCUCGAUGUGUCUCGUCGUUGUUGAUAGGAAAAUUUGUGGGACUCGUUGGAGGAGGGAAACUAAGGUUUUUGCCGAUUUAGUCGGCGCUUGUCGAAUGCUGUAGCCUGGGACCUUGGCAGGCUGAUUAAGCGCUCGUGGACCUAAUCAAGUGGCAAAGUGGCAAGUUGGCCUGGUCAUUGAUAGCACUUGGUGAUGAAAUGUAGAAGCAUACACGAAAUGAUGCAAGGGGGAGCAAAUUCAGGGUUCUAGUUGUGGCCCCAAGUUGCCUCCAAAAUCAACCUUCUCAUUUCGCAAGAGUCACCUCCAGGCUGCAUCAUAACUAUCCCAUUCUCCCUCGAAAAUACUGCCAUGUCGAGCCAUUUUUACAACUGCUCAAGCAACGGAUUGUCUGAGUCCUCCACUGCACCAGUGCCUAGGGCCCAUUCUCUCGCAGAGAUGUUCCAGUGCAUGUGGGGUUAUCCACAAGGGUUGCAUUGCAACUACUUGCUUCGCGGUCACAAUAUGUCUGCUCACCUGCAUGAAGUUCACGGGAUUCAUGGCUCAGAAAAGUCGCGUGUCGAGUGCAAGUGGAAUCAUUGUGGUCAGGAGCUCAACAUAGAGAGCCUCCUCAGACAUGUGGAACUGAUCCAUAUGAGGAUUGCAUAUUCCUGCGACUGCGGGGAGACGUUUUCGCGCGGAGACACUCUUGAUACACACAAGAAACAUUGCUCGAGUCAGUAGUAUGCGGAUGGGGAGUCUGUUAGCAUGGUCCAUGGAUAGACUUUAGCGUGUAUUCAGAUGAUUCAUACUUAGCUCGUUGAAAUAGGUCUUCUGAUUCGCGAGAGGAAAAAUGCUCGAGGACCCAAUCAGCUUGUUCCCACUUGACGGUUGGAUCGUGAUCGACGUCGAAUUCAGCCAAAGGUCGUUGCAAUAAUGUGGAAACUGCGGGCCCAGAUAUCCUUUGCAAAAUGCAAAGUGAUGCCGCUCCAAAGACAAUAGUCACAUCGAUUUUUUUUUGAAACAGAGAUAGACUCUGAAAUGGAAAGGCAGC